AUGUCCUUUAUGGGAGGAGGAGCCGAGUGCUCUACGGCUGGUAACCCGCUCAGCCAGUUCCAGAAGCACGUCCAGGAUGACAAGACGCUCCAGAGAGAUCGUCUCGUCGGGCGUGGUCCCGGUGGCCAGUUGAAUGGCUUCCGUACUCAGAAUCCCAACGCUCCUCAAGAUGAGAAUCUACCAAAGAUGGUCAAUGGAUUCCUCAACAGCGGCCCUAACCUCCAGCAAGAACCCGUCAUGCCUGGGCCGCUAAGCCCCAUGCAGAUGAGGGCCAACUCGGCGUCGCCCUCGUGGGCCCAAGACUUCAACCACCAGCCCGGCAUGGAGUCGGCCUUCAAGCCGCCGCCGGGGACUCACUUCAGCGCAGAGGAAUUCGCACGCUUCCACCAGGUUAACGGACCGGCGUCGUCGUCGCGAGCGAGCCCCUCCCAGUCAGGGCCCGCUGCCGCCCCCCAACGGCCGAUGAUGAACUCGGGCAUGGGCAUGGGCAUGGGCAUGGGCAUGGGCAUGGGCAUGAGCAUGGGAUACGGCGGCUCGGGCAUGUUCCAGCCCAUGUACCAGGGGGUGGGGCAGCAGCAGCCGUACCAGCAGCAGAACCAGCAGCAGCACGAGCCCGAAGGCAAGGGCAAGGGCAAGCUGGUGGAACUGGACGACCACAAGUGGGAGGAGCAGUUUGCGCAGAUGGAGCUCCAGGACAAGGAUCAGGUGACCAAGGGUCAGGAGCAGGACGAGUCGACAGCGGGAGCGCGCGAGCUCGAGGAGAUUGACAAGGCGAUGCAGUCGGAAACAAAUGAGUUUGGUGACUUCGAAUCCAUCUGGAAGGGAAUCCAAGCUGAGACGGCGGCUGCCAGGUCCAUGGUCAACGAAGACCAGCUGUUCGAUCAGUUCGACACGGCGUGGAGCAACGGCAUGAUGCCCGACUUCAACGGCCUCGGCGACUGGGGACGGUUCGGCGACCCGGUGGUGGAGAGCUACAUGUUCGAGGAGGACAACCUGUUCCGGAACGAGCAGGACGCCUUCGACGAGGGGGUGCGGAUCCUGCGCGAGGGCGGCAACCUGUCGCUGGCGUCGCUCGCCUUCGAGGCGGCGGUGCAGCAGAAGCCCGACCACGUCGAGGCGUGGGUGUACCUGGGGUCGGCGCAGGCGCAGAACGAGAAGGAGACGGCGGCGAUCCGGGCGCUCGAGCGGGCCGUGGCCCUGGACCCCAACAACCUGACGGCCCUCAUGGGGCUGGCGGUGUCGUACACCAACGAGGGCUACGACAGCACGGCGUACCGCACGCUCGAGCGCUGGCUGUCGGCCAAGUACCCGUCCAUCCUGGACCCCAAGGACGUGCACCCGCCGUCGGAGAUGGGCUUCACGGACCGGCAGCAGCUGCACGACAAGGUGACGAAGCUCUUCAUCCGGGCGGCGCAGCUCAGCCCGGACGGCGAGCACAUGGACCCGGACGUGCAGGUGGGGCUGGGCGUCCUGUUCUACGGCGCCGAGGAGUACGACAAGGCGGUCGACUGCUUCCAGUCGGCGCUGCACUCGUCGGAGCAGGGCUCGACGAACCAGCAGGAGCAGGUGCACCUCCUCUGGAACCGGCUGGGCGCCACGCUGGCCAACAGCGGCCGGUCCGAGGAGGCCAUCGCCGCCUACGAGCAGGCGCUGCAGCUGGCGCCCAACUUCGUCCGGGCCCGCUACAACCUGGGCGUGAGCUGCAUCAACAUCAACUGCCACGAGGAGGCGGCCUGCCACUUCCUCGCCGCCCUGGACAUGCACAAGGAGAUUGAGAAGUCGGGACGGGCCAAGGCCCACGAGAUCCUCGGCGGCGCCUCGGGUGCGGGAGGCGCCGGCCUGGAGCAGAACGUGGAUGAGGCGCUCGACAGGAUGUCGGCUCAGAACAGGAGCAGCACGCUCUACGAUACCCUACGCCGGGUCUUUACCCAGAUGGGCAGGAGGGACCUGGCCGAGAAGACAGUCGCCGGCGUCGACCCGGACAUUUUCAGACCCGAGUUUGACUUUUAG